UAUCGAAUAACUAAUGGUAAUCGAUGCUUUCGAAUUUUGUUUGUGAAAAAAUACGUCAGAUGCCUCUGGAGAGAACAUGGAGAGAAAUGGAGAGACAAUUUAUCUUGUCUCUCAUUGUCAAAACAAAAUAUGAAGAAGGACUUGGAAUUGCUGGCCGUAUCGCGUGAUUAUUCGGAUAAUACAUUAAGCAUGGAUCUUACUAUAGAUUUAGAAAGGCAAAGAUUUCCAUUUUGUAUAGUUUGGACACCUUUACCGAUUCUUACGUAUUUUUUACCGAUUAUCGGUCAUAUGGGUAUUGCCACUUCUACUGGUGUGAUUCGAGAUUUUGCCGGUCCAUAUCACGUUGCCGAAGACAGUAUGACAUUUGGAAAACCUACCAAGUAUUGGCAAUUGGAUUAUACCAAAGCCAAAGGAGGUGUGCAGGGAUGGGAUUCUGCCGUUGCAGAAGCUAGUGAAAUCUAUAAAGGUAGAAAGCACUAUUUAUGUUACGAUAAUUGUCAUUCACACGUAGCAACAGCAUUAAACUUAAUGGCAUACAAUAAUUUUACUAAUUGGAAUAUGGUAAAUCUAGCAUUCCUUAUACUUAUACGUGGAAAAUAUGUCAACUUUUCAGGUUUCCUUAAAACGUGGAUGCCAUUCGUAUUUCUCGUCAUUAUCAUCACUUCAUUAUGUUUGUUAUUACGAUAAGAUCUUCUACGAAUACUUAGACAACGCACAUCUUCUUUCUUGCUCGAAUCAAUAUACUUGAUACUUAUAUUAGCCGAAACAUCGUUAUUGCCGAUUCGAAUGGAUUGUAUCUCGAUGAAAAGAUCGAUCAUCUAAUAAUGCUUAUUGUUUUAUUAAAAGAUAUAUACAUACAUCGAUAUUUAAAAAUUACACGUGUGUUACAAAUAUAUAAUUUCAUUAUCUAUAGUAUAGAGUAUAAUUAAACUUAUCGAAUAAGCGAUUUAUCUUACAUCGGAAACGCAUCGAAUCGUGGACGUGUUAUCUUUGAACAAUAAAUUUGUGCUCG